UCGCGGUCUUCCUUGUUUUGACAGUUUAGAGAUUUGUUUUGAAUUGUUUUAUUAUUAUAUCUUAUUUUGGUUUAUGUGAUAAUUCUGGAAUUGAUUCCUUUCCAUGUUUUGAAUUGCCACCAAAAUAUCUUGAAAAUUAUUGUGGCAAUAACACUAUGGCUACCGCAAAAAUAGUCGAACUUGAUGAAACUAAUACAUGCAAAAUCUGUGAUAAUGCUUUGGCAAAAUAUUCAUGUCCUAAGUGUAACCUUUUGUAUUGCUCUUUGAAUUGUUACCAGUCCAAUUCUCACUUGGAAUGCAGUGAAAGUUUUUAUAAAGAUAAUAUUCUAACUGAACUCUCUCUGGAUAAGAACGAUGUAGAAUCUCAGAAAAAAAUGCUGGAAAUACUUGAAGGAACCCACCGAAAUAACCAAAUAGCAUUUAGUGAGGAUGGUGAUUCUGAAGAAGAUUAUCCAAAUCUUAAUUUCGAAGAUAUCCCAAAUCUUGAUUCUGAUGACGAUGAAAUAUAUUUAGACAUUGGGGAUAGAUUGGCUGGUGUUGAUCUUGAUGAUGCUGAACAAGUUUGGGUUAAAUUAACUGAAGAUGAAAAACAGGAAUUUGUUUCUUUCUUAAAGUCGGAGGAUGUUACAAAAUUAAUACCACCUUGGCAACCAUGGUGGCUAUACUACGCCGACACUAAAGUUGAAGAUAUGUCCCUGAAAGAGACUUAUAAAAAUAAAUGUCCUGUAAUUUGUGAUAUAAACAGUUUUUCACAAAUGAAGACAAAGACCCCUGCUGAUUGCGUUAAAUAUAACCUCAUAAACAUAAUAGCAGCUUACGCUUUCACAGCAAGGUACUUCAAUGGUGAACAUUUUGAUUUCUCGAAGGAGGCUGUGAGUUGUAUGGUAAAUAUUUCCCUAACUUUAAAAUCUUCGCAAAACUUUGAGGACUUUGAAACAGCUGUGAAGUCGGUAGAACAAGAAUGUAUAAAUAGUGACUGGAUUGUAAGCGAUUCUGAAAACAUAUUAACUAUGCGUGACGACUUGGAAAAAAUCAUCAAUGGACCAAAGAAGACAGAUUCCAAAUAUUAUCUCCUUUGUGCCCUAUCAGACAUUCUUCACUUAUUGGAGAAAGCUGUAAAACCUACGGAGGCAAGUAACUCCAAAGUUUUCACCAAACAGUUCCCCAAUGAUCAUUUCCCUGAUGUUAAAUUGGAAGAUGCAAAAAGUAUUAAGAGUCACUCAAAAAAAAUUGAAUAUUUCUUGUCAUAUGCAAAGGAUUGUUUUACAUUUCCCUAGACCGAUGUUUCAUAUUUCAACACAUUUGAACUUUUGUGUUUUUGUACAUCUUCAAUAAAUGAUAUAUAUUUUGCAAA